AAGAGGUGAACUUUAUACUUAUUUAAAAGUUAUAAUAUAUUCAAAUAAAAUACAUUCUUAUUUUAGAUGACGGUGCAGGCAGGGAUGGCGUUCCAGGUGUAAGUGGACCAAGUACUGGUACUCCCGGCAGUCCCACUGCGGCUGCAGGUCCGUCCGGCGCUGACGGUGCUACAGCAGGUCCCACAGGCGAUGGUUCUGCAGUCGGUGGCGGAAUAACUGGCGGUGGUACCAGAGGCAUUACAGAUGCAACUGGCAAAGUCCAUGGUGUUGGUGGUGGUGGUAGCCCGGGUAGACUACAAAUGCAAAGUGGUGCCAGUCCUAGUGGUGGUGGGGGAAAAGGACGUAAAGGAAAAAUUUCCGAUGCUCCUGGAGACGAUGCUUUCCAACAAUUCAUCGACGUUAAUGCCACUACAAUGAUGUCAAAUAUAAAGGCUGGCAGUGCGCUGGAGAAGGAACUGCGCGGCAUACUGAAUGCUUUCAUGAUGGAGUGUGGAUUCUGUUUCUGUAAAAGUCUUGUGCCGAAGAGCAAAUUUUAUGCCCUCUGUCACAAGCUAUUGCACAGCGGCAUACAAUGUAUGGCUUUCCGCGAGUUGGCAUAUAUGCAUCGAAAAGUAUUCAUGGCCGCUGACAAGUUGCAUCCAGGCUGUCUACUAAAUAUGAUACUCACCGAGCAAGGUUUCAAGGAUGGCGAGCGUCUCAAGUGUUGCCAUUGCAAAAACGCGCUCUGCUGCAGCAAUUCAGCGGAAAUGCUCAAAGAAAAAGUGUACAAGUUGGAGCGGGACAUUGAGAUGGCCAAGGAACAUCUGGACAGCUUGAGGGUGCAGACACGAUCGCCUAAGAGUCCAUGUACAACACGCGGAAAGACAUACCGGCAAAUGGAAGACAGCUAUUCAGAAGCUGUUGAAGAGUAA